CACCCUGUCUCAGGAAAGAGAAGCUUUUGUUUUGGUGGACCAAUCCUACCCUCCCCACCCCCCGAAAAACAUGGACGUGACAGGCCUCCAGUGGACUGUAACCACCACGUGACAGCAGACCCAGCCACCUGUACACCGGAGUUGAGACUGGUCACAGCUCAGGCGGCCUUAUAGAAGCUUCUGGCACAGGGAUGAAAGCUGGCUGCUUUGAAAGCCUCAAACAUCUUUGAACAGGUUUGCAUGUAGGUGGCUCUGAGGAUAUCCUGACCUACUCACGAGGAAAUACUGCUUUGCCGGCUUUCCUCAUCCCCACUCAGCCAUGAACCAGCCAGACCUUGCUGACGAUCCAAAUCCCAGCCCUGAGCCCCUGUGCAUGGUGUGCGGCCAAAGCCACUCCCCGGAGGAAAACCACUUCUACACGUACACCAACGACGUGGACGACGACCUCGUGUGCCACAUCUGCCUGCAAGCCUUGCUGGACCCCCUGGACACUCCUUGCGGACACACCUACUGCACCCAGUGUCUCACCAACUUCCUGGUGGAGAAAGACUUCUGCCCCGUGGACCGCAAACCCCUGGUCCUGCAACACUGCAAGAAGUCCAGCAUCCUGGUCAACAAGCUGCUCAACAAGCUGCUGGUUACGUGCCCGUUCACAGAGCACUGCACUGAGGUGCUGCCGCGCUGCGAUCUCCAGCAUCACUUCCAGACAAGCUGCAAAGGUGCUUCUCACUAUGGCCUGACCAAGGACAGGAAAAGGCGCUCUCAAGAUGGCUGCCCUGACGGCUGCGCUAGCCUCACGGCAAGGACACCCUCCCCAGAGGUUUCUGCGGCCGCCACCAUCUCUUUAAUGACCGAUGAGCCUGGCCUAGACAACCCUGCCUACGUGUCCUCCGUGGAGGAUGGUGAGCCAGUAGCUAACCCCUCAGACUCAGACUCUAGCCGGAGCAACCGAACAAGGGCACGGCCCUUUGAGCGCUCCACGAUGAGAAGCCGAUCUUUCAAAAAGAUCAACAGAGCCCUGAGCGUUCUUCGAAGGAUGAAGAGUGGGAGUGCCGUCGCCAGCCACACCGACCAGGGCAGGGAAAGCCCUGAGAACGCCACUGUCCCUGAAGUCUUCCCCAGGCUGUAUCACCUGAUUCCAGAUGGCGAGAUCACAAGCAUCAAGAUCAACAGAGCAGAUCCCAAUGAAAGCCUCUCCAUCAGGCUCGUGGGAGGCAGUGAGACCCCGCUGGUCCACGUCAUCAUCCAGCAUAUUUAUCGUGAUGGAGUGAUUGCCAGGGACGGACGUCUGCUGCCAGGAGACAUCAUCCUCAAGGUUAACGGAAUGGACAUCAGCAACGUCCCUCAUAACUACGCCCUGCGGCUCCUGCGGCAGCCCUGCCAGGUGCUGCGGCUCACGGUGCUGCGGGAGCAGAAGUUCCACAGCAGGAGCAAUGGGCAGGCUCAGGACUCCCACGGACCCCGUGAUGACAGCUUCCACGUCAUUCUCCACAAAAGCAGCCCCGAGGAGCAGCUCGGUAUCAAGCUGGUCCGCAGAGUGGACGAGCCCGGGGUGUUCAUCUUCAACAUGCUAAACGGCGGUGUCGCCGACCGACACGGCCAGCUGGAGGAGAACGAUCGCGUGCUGGCCAUCAAUGGGCACGACCUCCGAUUUGGCAGUCCAGAAAGCGCAGCUCAUCUGAUUCAGGCCAGUGAAAGACGUGUCCACUUCGUCAUAUCCCGCCAGGUUCGACAGCCCAGCCCAGACAUCUUUCAAGAAGCUGGCUGGAUCAGCAAUGGCCAGCCGUCCCCAGGCCCAGGGGAGAGGAACACAGCUUUUAAGCGCCUCCAUCCUGCAGCCACUUGUCAUGAGAAGGUUGUAAGUGUCCGAAAAGACCCCAGCGAAUCUCUCGGCAUGACCGUUGGAGGGGGAGCAUCACACAGGGAAUGGGACCUGCCCAUCUAUGUCAUCAGUGUUGAGCCUGGAGGAGUCAUAAGCAGAGAUGGAAGAAUAAAAACAGGUGACAUUUUAUUGAGUGUGAAUGGAAUUGAGCUCACGGAGGUCAGCCGGAUGGAGGCCGUUGCCAUACUGAAGAGCACAUCGUCCACAGUGGUCCUCAAAGCCUUGGAAGUCAGGGAACAGGAGCCGCAGGAAGACUGCAGCCCAGCACCCCUGGACUCCAAUCAUAACGUGAGCCCACCUGGUGACUGGUCUCCAUCCUGGGUCAUGUGGCUGGAAUUACCACAGUACUUAUAUAACUGUAAAGAUGUGAUAUUACGGAGGAACACAGCUGGAAGUCUGGGCUUCUACAUUGUAGGAGGCUAUGAAGAAUACAGUGGUAACAAACCUUUUUUUAUCAAAUCCAUUGUCGAAGGAACACCAGCAUACAACGAUGGAAGAAUUAGAUGUGGUGACAUUCUUCUUGCUGUCAACGGUAGAAGUACGUCGGGCAUGGUACAUGCUUGCUUGGCAAGGAUGCUCAAAGAACUGAAAGGGAGAAUUACUCUCACUAUUGCUUCUUGGCCUGGUACUUUUUUAUAAAAUCAACGCUGGAUCUUAGAAAAAUCACAGAUAGGCUAAGUAAAAGUGUAUUUAUCUUGUCAAUUUUUAUAUUUAAAGAAUAUAUUGUAAAAAAUGCCAGAAAAAGUAUGACAUUAUGAAAGCAAGUUGCACCUCAGAGAACGUUCUCAAAAAUAAAAACUCAUGAUAGUUUUUAUUUGGUGUGGAGGAUUUCUCGUCACUCCAGAUCUUUAAGUUUAUAUUUUUUUAUUCAAUAAAAGGCCCAUAAAAACUAAAAUGGUUUGUAUGCCACACUUAAUUUAAAUCAGUUGAAAAUACGGUGUAAGUGGAGCUCAAGAAGGAGCACAUUGUGGGCACUUAAAUUUAAUGGCAGAGGAUUUAAAGGAAAAAUAAGUAUUUCUAAGUGACAGCUGUCCUCUUAACUUGUGGCUCUCAUCCUUCCACACACCAAGUUCCCUGCCCGACUCUCUGCAAUCCCUCCUGGGAUCAGUUCAGAUUUAAAGCUUGUGUUUGGUUUUAAUAAGAAACUGAUCUAAUAUAGUACUGUCACUGAGUUUAUUUUUUCUCUUAAUACGGAAACAGUGCUACCCCCCCCCCCAAAAAAAGACCCACAUUCUACUCUGCCAUUGAGCCUUGGAAAACAUGUUAACAGCAGCCAAAACCCACCAUGAUCCUUGCUCAAGCAGAUGACCAUGAAGUGGUCCAAUGCUGUGCCAGUUAAGUGUGUCUAUACUCGUGACUGCUGGGAAGCACGUAAGACAUGCCACAGGGGCCACCCAAAUGCCUCAUACCAUUUUUUAUUUUAGAUAUAGAAACAGUCCAUUCAGUUCCCAAGGACCCAAAUCCAGAACACUGAAAAACUGCUAGCAAAACUGACAUCAAGAAUGUGUCCAAGUUCGUGAACAUGCAGGAGUGUCACAGCAGUAAGAUGAAGCCUGGCUUUGCUUCAGGAGGGGUCUUCUGCAGCACCUCUUCUGUGACAGUACCCCACUACCUAGAAAGCGAGCCACGGUGAGCCCUUGACCUUCACCACGCUGUGGACACACAGCCAGCCUUGCUCUAAAUCCCCUGCUGACUCAUUCACAUUACCUUUUUGGAUAUAGAGUCAUUUCUUUGUUUUCAUUCUUUAAAUAUUACAAGACAAAGAUUCUUAAUUUAACACAAAAAAAUGCAUACUUUUAUUUUGGAAAAGAAAAAGUUAACGUUUCAUUCUAACAGAACAAGAUUAAAGGUAUAUGUCUUAAACAUUAUCCAGAAAAAUAAGAUUUUUAGCAUCUAUUCCUGGGACUAGCACACAUAAGAGGCUGAGCCUACUCGGCGGGCGCGGCUUCGGUGCUCUCCUGUUCAGGGACGGGCUCACUGCCAGCCUCUUUUCCUUCUUUGCUUCUUUUAGAUUUUUUAUGCUUGUGUCUCCUGUGACUGUCCCCUUCUUCACUUUCAUGACGACGUCUACUGUUACUGCAGGAAAAGGAUUGUGUUUAAGUGCUUCAGUAACAGAUGGUGACAAAAACAAUCUGGUCUAAAUAAUCAAUGUAAGCCUGGAUGGAGGAUAAACCCAUUUGUUUUCUGAAUGAACACAUUUUGCAGAGUUAUUUUGUGUGAGAUUUUAUACAUAGAAUACGUCUUAGGGUUAUCUUCACCCAUACCAUCCCAGAACCCAUUAUUUUGUUCUGAAAGAUUGAAAAGCAUAACUUGGAAUAGAAAAUACUAUUUUAUAGGGUGAAUUUUCAGUUACAGUGGGCACCAAAAUUGAUUCUAAUUUUUUUGCUUUAAAACUGCAGGCCUUCAAUUUUGUCUUUAAACCAAACAGCACUUUAAUAUUUUAUUAUAAAGACUGGCUCAUAUGCCCUAAUUUCUCUCUAUCAAAGAGAUAAUGUAAAACAAAACAAACAAAAACCACCAAGGUACCUUAUGUUUUAUUUUGUCUUGGAGAUAGUAAAAGAAAUGCAAAUUGUUUACUUAAAAAUUGCUGGCGCUCAUAGGAAGGAGCUACGACAGAUUGUUCUUGGUUUUUCAGUUAAGUCUAGUGGUUGGCAACUUGAAAAUCUGUGUCGUGUGUGCCAUGUUCACCCUCCCCCUUCCCCUCCCCCCACUGGACACUAUUAAAGAGCAAACCUGCGAGAGGA